GAGGGAGGUUCCAUCGAUAUUGUGGAUGGAGGAUGCCCAAGCGAGCGAGCCGGGUUCCCUUGCACCUCGGCUUGGGUGCUUCCCAUAUGCUAAGCUUUCCUGCCUUGGCGGUCUCUCCACCAAUCCGAUCCCUCUCAAAGUCAGACUCGGUGCAUGGUAAACCCGCCAGCAAGUGUGCGUCGCUGGAUUUCAAGUUCAUCACCGGUCUCAAACUCUCGCCCGGGGGCUCAGCGUAG